AUGACUGAAAGCAAGAAGAAAGUGAACUGGUCGGAGCUUUGUCCGGAGCUGGUGCGAUGUGUUUUCGAACGAUUGAGUUUCACACAUCUGAAACGAGGAAGAUCAGUCUGUUCUUCGUGGCGCACUGCUUUGAGAGGCUGCGUCCCAAAAGGUAAUCAGAUUCCAUGGCUCAUUCUCUUCCCUAAUAACAACGAAAACAACAGUAGUAGUUGCGUGUUGUACGUUCCAGACGACAGAGACAAAACCUACAAAACCAGAGAUCUCGGUCUUGACUUUGUUAAGAGUAGCUGUGUUGCGACUUAUGGAAGCUGGCUCCUGAUGUUUGGCACUCGUUGUAAUCUCUAUAUUUUGAAUCCUUUGUCCGGUGAGAGGAUUUAUUUACCAACAAAUGAUCGAUACCAACGACCCCAAGAGCUCGUAGCUUGUCUCUGGAUAGACGAUACAAGCAAAGAUUACUUAGUUGUGUGUAAAAUGGACUACGCUCUCAUCUUUACGAAGAAAGGGAACCGCUCGUGGCAACGGGUUUCCGAGGGAAUGUCCUACAAAAAAAUGGCAUACGAACACACGUCCCAAAAGCUCUACGUUCGUCGUUACUACAAUCUUCCUCUCGAGGUCUGGUCUCUCUCUGGAGAUGAUCCACAACAAAUCUUUGGAGAUUAUCCUCGAGAUGGUGAGUAUGCCUUGAGGGAUUUUCUCCCUGAUAGAAGCAAAGACGAAGAGUUGUAUCUGAAAGAAGAAGAGUAUUAUCUGGAAGAAUGUGUUAGUAGCAGGAGAUACCUUGCAAUCAGUACAGUAUCUGGUCAAGUUUUGAAAGUAGUUAAUGUGUUGCAGAAGUCCAAAAGAUGGCUCUUUCGCGUCUACAAGAUGCACCCUUUUGAGCGUACUUGGGAAGUAGUAGACUCUCUAGGCGAUGAGGCACUGAUCUUAGACAUGGGUAUCACUGUUGUAGCCACCAAAGACAUUUCAGGGAUCAAGAAGAACUCAAUCUAUUUUAGUGGUCUUGAUAAUGGCAGAAAGAAUCCUGACCAUACAUUUGUGUUUGAUCUCACCACCCAUGAGAUUGAACCUUUGCCUCAAUGUGUUUUCUCCGCUCUUCAUUUCUCCGGUGCUCGAUGGUUCUUCCCGGGUCUAGACGUUUAG